AUGCUUCGGGGUAUUGUUGAUCGAAUGCAAUAUGAAAUGACAAUAUUAGCUCCAUCAACAAUGAAAACUCGUAUUGUUGCACCUCAUGAAAGAGAAUAUUCAGUAUGGAUUGGUGGUUCAAUUCUUAGUUCAUUAUCAACAUUUCAAACAAUGUGGAUAACAAAACAAGAAUAUAAUGAAUUUGGUCCAUCAAUUAAUGAUGCUCCUUCAACUCGUCCUGCAUCUUUAGGUGGUACAAAUGCUGAUAAUCAAACACGUAAACGUUUAUUUUCUAAAGAACUUCGUAAUAUGAUGUAUGGUUUCGGUGAUGAUCCACAACCAUAUGCUGAAUCCGUCGAAUUACUUGAAGAUCUUGUUCUACAAUAUAUAACUGACAUGACAUUAAAAGCAGCUGAAAUCGGCAGUAAUAAACAAGGUCGUAUUGUAGUCAAUGAUAUUCUAUAUUUACUUCGACAUGAUCCAAGAAAAUAUGCACGUGUUAAAGAACUUUUGUCAAUGAAUGAAGAAUUGAAAAGAGCUCGAAAAGCAUUUGAUGAACCAUCGAAGGGUCUUGAAUAA